AUGAUAAACAAGUCGAAGAUAAAGAAGAGGAAAAAAUUGUUGCACUUGAUGAAGGUGAUAUUGCACUUCUAAAGACCUAUGGGCAAGGACCGUAUGCAAAAGAGUUGAAAAAGAUAGAUUCUGAUAUAAAAGAUGUACAAAAACGAAUAAAUGAAAAAAUUGGCGUUAAGGAAUCUGAUACUGGUUUGGCACCACCAAAUCUUUGGGAUAUUCCUGCUGAUAAACAAAGAAUGCAAGAAGAGCAACCAUUACAAGUUGCAAGAUGCACAAAAAUAAUUGAAGCUGGUGAAGGUGAAGAAGCAAAAUAUAUUAUAAAUGUAAAACAAAUUGCAAAAUUUGUGGUGGCAUUAGGUGAGCGCGUUUCUCCAACCGAUAUUGAAGAAGGAAUGCGUUAUCAGAUACAAAUACCAUUACCACCAAAAAUUGAUCCUUCAGUAACCAUGAUGCAAGUCGAAGAAAAGCCUGAUGUUACAUAUAGUGAUGUUGGUGGCUGUAAAGAACAGAUUGAAAAGCUUAGAGAAGUAGUAGAAUUACCAUUACUACAGCCAGAGCGAUUUGUAAAUUUAGGUAUUGAUCCUCCUAAAGGUGUGUUGUUAUAUGGUCCUCCUGGUACUGGUAAAACUUUAUGUGCACGCGCUGUGGCAAAUAGAACUGAUGCAACAUUUAUCAGAGUUAUUGGUUCUGAACUUGUACAAAAAUAUGUUGGAGAAGGUGCAAGAAUGGUUCGUGAACUGUUUGAAAUGGCAAGAACUAAAAAGGCUUGUAUUAUAUUUUUUGAUGAAAUCGACGCUAUUGGAGGUGCGCGUUAUGAUGAUGGAGCUGGAGGUGACAAUGAAGUACAAAGGACCAUGUUGGAAUUAAUAAACCAAUUGGAUGGCUUUGAUCCACGUGGAAAUAUAAAGAUUUUGAUGGCUACAAAUAGACCUGAUACAUUGGAUCCUGCACUUUUACGUCCAGGUCGUCUAGAUCGUAAAGUUGAAUUCUCAUUACCAGAUUUGGAGGGUCGUACACAUAUUUUAAAGAUUCAUGCAAAAAGUAUGUCUGUAGAACGUGAUAUUCGUUAUGAGCUUAUAGCUAGACUUUGUCCAAACAGUACUGAAGCAGGAAUGUUUGCUAUUCGUUCCAGGAGAAAGGUUGCAUCAGAAAAGGAUUUCUUAGAAUCUGUUAAUAAAGUUAUUAAGUCUUAUGCAAAAUUCUCUUCUACACCAAGAUACAUGACAUACAAUUAA